GCCGGCGUCCUCAACAUGGCGGCUCCCCAAGAUGUCCACGUCCGUAUCUGUAACCAAGAGAUCGUCAAGUUCGACCUGGAGGUGAAGGCGCUUAUCCAGGAUAUUCGAGAUUGUUCAGGACCAUUAAGUGCACUUACUGAACUGAAUACUAAAGUGAAAGAGAAGUUUCAGCAGUUGCGGCACAGAAUACAGGAGCUUGAGCAGUCAGCUAAAGAGCAAGACAAAGAGUCAGAGAAGCAAGUUUUGCUUCAGGAAGUGGAGAAUCACAAAAAGCAGAUGCUCAGCAAUCAGACCUCAUGGAGGAAGGCUAAUCUCACUUGCAAAAUUGCUAUCGACAAUCUAGAGAAAGCAGAACUUCUCCAGGGAGGAGACCUCUUAAGGCAAAGGAAAACCACCAAAGAGAGCCUGGCCCAGACAUCCAGUGCCAUCACGGAGAGCCUCAUGGGGAUCAGCAGAAUGAUGUCCCAGCAGGUCCAGCAGAGCGAGGAAGCCAUGCAGACGCUAGCCAAUUCUUCCCGGACUAUCCUGGAUGCAAAUGAAGAGUUUAAGUCCAUGUCAGGGACCAUCCAGUUGGGACGGAAGCUUAUCACAAAAUAUAAUCGCCGAGAGCUGACGGACAAGCUUCUCAUUUUCCUUGCCCUGGCCCUUUUCCUUGCUACGGUCCUCUAUAUUGUAAAAAAGCGGCUCUUUCCAUUUUUGUAAGAUCUGAAUUUACCAGCUUUGGCCCUUUACACUACAGAGUCAGGAUCUGUCCAUGCUCCUGAGCUCUCCCCCAGGCUGCCAAACUAGUGUACACCUCUGUGGCCUGCUCCAGUUGCUCAGCAGGUUGAUUGCAGACGCAGCCCUCCAGCUUUCUCCAGGCAGCUGGUUGGCCUGUAAAGGGCGAGUAGAACAAGGGGAGGGAGGCCUGUCAUUGGGACACCUACAGGACACAGGGACUCCAGGAGCCAUCACAGUGCAUAUGGCUGUCACAAGGGACACACAGAGGCCAGCCUUCAGGAUUUAAUCCUUCUCUACUUCUGCUGUAUCCUUAAUGGUAGAUCUGGUGGAAGAAGAAAGAAGUGGGGAGACGGUUAAGGAAAACUCAUGUCCAUUCCUUGAAUAAACUUGACUAUAUUUAAUAGAAUGAAAUGCAUGUGGAUUUAUAAGGUAUCCUCCUGGGAAUUUGUGUCCUGUUUUUGAUGUCCAGAUAUCUAGGACAUGAACUCAGAUCAUUUAUUUGUUCAUUCAACAAAGGAUUAUUAAGCAACAGCCACAUGCAAUGUAUUAUAGACACUGCUGACUGUUACAAAUACUUGGUAAAGCAGCUGUGGUUCCGCCCUCAGGGAGCAAGAAGAACAAGAUCUCAUAGGCUCUAAAAAAGCAAAUUACAAAAAACCCCCACUGGAGGUGGCUGACACCACAUCUGAGAAAGCUCAGGAAGACAUCCUUCUCAUUCUGUGUACAGUGAUGGGCCUGGCUUGGGGAUGUGCCAUGUCUUGGGGGCUGGCCCGUGUCUUUCUCUUUAGGUCCAGAGCUAAAUAUAACCAUGAGAGUGAGGCUAGUGAUAAGCUGAGGCCUGUCUGGGCCUGAGUUCUGUUGAGGCCUGUGGGAUACUAGGGCUCAGGCUGGGAGAUGUUAGUGUCUCCUUGUGCUAUAGGCCUGGCUGGUCUCACACAUGAAAUCCCAGCCUCCCCACUAUUUAUAGCCCCAAAGGCCCUGGGAGGUAUAAUGUGGAGGCAGAGGGGAAAGCAGAAAGAAUAUGGAAUUUGAACCUUGAUUUUGAGUCUUGGCUCUAUUACUAAGGGACCAUGUGACCAUGGGCAACUUCCUUUUGUCACUAAGCCUCAGUUUCCCCACCAGUAAAGUGGGAAUGAUAGUCCAUAUAGAUAUUUGUAGAGUCAACAUGAGAAUCAAACGAGAAUGUAAAGGAAAAUUACGGCUUCUGUGUGACUGAACAGUGGGCUUCCCAAAUGGGGUCACCUCCAGGACUCUGGGCUCUGGGGUUCCCUGCAGCAAACAGGCUUCAGUGAAAGCUGGCCGGGCCAUCAGUUCUGUUUAGAUCUGUUUGAACAGAGGGUGUCCACUUUAAGACUUUAGUUAUGAAGUGCCAGAUCGCCAUGGGACCAGGUUUGUAAGAUAUUGGCUGCAUACAUCAGACUGACUGGUUUCAUGAGUAGAAUAUAAGUUAAAGUGUGUGUGUGUGUGUGUGCGCGCGCGCACGCACACACACACACUUCUAUAUAUACGUAUAUAUAUCAUCCUUAAACAAUUUCUGGCCUCAGAAGGCAAUGUAAAAUGUGCAUGCAUGUGUCUUAUUUAUAGUCAAAUUAAAGCUGAGAAUAAAGCACAGAUGGGAAAUUCCCACUCAGAUUCCAGCUGUAAGUGCAGCAGAUGGAUGUUAUCAAUUUAGGAUUUUCUUGUCUUAACAUUUUUCUUUACUACUUCCCACUAAUUGUCAACAUCCUCCUUACAAUAUGGGAAUGUGUGGGCUUUGUACUACUUAAAACAUCUCCCUUGACUAUUCUUUAACUUGCUUCCUUCUGCAAAUAGGUUGAAUUUGAAAUGUCAUCAAUAGCGUUGUAUCUUGCAACCCCAAUCUGCCACCAGGAUUCAGUCAUCCCCUAGUGGGCUGACUGGGCAGAAAGCAGCCAUCUCCAUGUUCAACCGUGAGGGGUCAGUGUUCACACUUGCUCUAUGGUCUUGCUAUGUUUAGGACUCUGUUAGUCUGUAUGGAAUGCUUUUAAGGAUUUUUUUUCCCCAGCUACCAGACUUAAACAAACAUAACAAAUGUACAAAGCUUACCUAUAUAGUCUCUGUAAGAUGUUUCAUAAAUGAUUUUAAUUUUCACUGUUAACAGUAAGGCAAACUUGUAUUCUAUAUUUUGCUUAGAUGACAGUCAAGGAGUUAAAAGUAUAAAGCAGCUGUCAAGACAUCAUUCAUUCAAGUAUUCACUGAGCACCUACUUUGUACCAGGCACUGUGUUGGGUACACUCCGUGAAAAAAACGAUUCUCUGUCAUCUUGGAACUUACAAUAUGUGGGGGGAGGGUGGGCAGAUGAUAAACAAUUAACAUACUAAAUAAGCUAUUCAUUCUGUUAGAACAUAAGUGUUUUAGGGAAAAGUGAAACUGGCUAAUAGAGACCUGGGGAUAGGUUUGCUAUAUUAAGUAGGAUGGUCAGAGUUGGCCUCAUUGAGGAGGUAAGGUCUGAGCAAAGUCUUGUUGGGGAGAAAGAUACUUUAGCCAUGUGGACUUCUGAGGGAGGAGGGUUCCAUGCAGGGGCCAGCUAGAGGUAGUACAAAGGCCUAUAGUGGGAGCAUCUGUGAUACUGUGAUUUAGAGUCAGAAAUAUAUAUUUCUUGUCCCCGGUCCUGGCACAGAGCUCCUAAGACCUUUGGACUUUCCUGCAAUGAGAGUGAUAAAGUUUUUUUUUUUUUUUUUUUGUUACAUUCCUGAGGCAACUUUUGGAAAGCACCGAGAUUGGGGCUGGUUGCCAGUGGAUCUCAGAGGAGGGGAGAGGGGCUGGAGAUCGAGUUCAGUCACCAAUGGCUGGUGAUUGCAUCAGUCAUGCCUGUGUAAUGAAGCCUCCCAAAAACCUCCCAAAACCCUAAAUCUCCCAGGUUGGUGAGCAUGUGGAGAUUGAGGGAGGGUGGCACACUUGGAGAGAGCAGGGAAGUUCUGUGUCCUUUCCUCAUACCUUGCCCUGACAUCUCUUCCAUCUGGCUGUUCCUGUGUUAUAUCCUUUUGUAAUAAACUGAUAAUAUAGUAAAUACAGUGUUUCCUUCAUUUCUGUGAACCUCUCUAGUGAAUUAAUUAAACCCAGGGAAUAGGUGCUCAUGGGACCUCCCCCAUCUAUGGCCUGUUGGUCAGAAGCACCCGUGACAACCUAGACUUGUAAGGGUAACUGAAGUGUGGAUGGGGCCACAGUUUUGUGGGACUGAGCUCUUAACCUGUGGGAUCUGAUGACCAGGUAGACGGUGUCAGAAUUGAGUUGAAUUAUAGGACACCCAGCUAGAAUUGCUUGUUGAUGUUGGGAAUAAACCCAUACAUCAGAAAUGCAUGCAUGCACUUGAGCAUGACAGCUGGGGGAAUAGCAAGGAAGCUAGUGUGCUAGAGCAGAGUGUGAGGAGUGGUAGAGAAGUAGCCUGGGAGAUCAGACAAAAUUACAAAAAGUCUUGUAGGUCAUUGGAAUGAUUGACCUUGUUCUUUGAGGGACAUGGGAGCUAUUGGAGCAGAGGAGUGACUUGAUAUGACCUGUGUUGAUAACAAAGUGAAUGAGACAAGUGCAGAGCAGGGUGGCCAGUUGGGAGGACAGUGGCAGAGGUUGCAGAUGAUAGUGGCUUAUACCUGGCUGAGCUGUAGAGACGAUGAGAAGUAGUCAUAUUCUAGAUAUAUUUUGAAGCUAGAACCAAUAGGGAUAAGGUUUCUUGAAGGAAUGAAUAUCAUUCUUGAAGGAGUGAGAGUUAAAACUAUGAAAUUCCUUUUUAAAAAAUUUAUUUUUGAGUAAUUUGUACACCCAGAAUGGGGCUUGAACUCACAACCCUGAAAUCGAGUCGCACGCUCUACCAUCUAGUCAGAGCCAUCUAGUCUCACUGGCUCUCCAGUGAGCCAGUCUGGUGCUCCAAAACUAUGAAAUUCUUGGCCUAAGUAACUAAAGGAGGAAGAGAUCAAGAGUUGGGUUUUGGACAUGUUGAGAUAUCUUUUAGACCCCCUGGUCAAGAUGCCAGGUAUGUAUGUGGUUAUGCGUGAGUUUGGGGUUUGGAGAGCAGUCAGGGCUAGAAGUGUAAAUUUGGAAGAGGGCACAUAGAUGGGAUUUAAAGCCAUGAAGUUGGAUGAGAUCACCCAGAGAUCUGAGUAUAGAAAAAGAAGAAAUAAUGACAAAAAAGAGGAACCUGCAAAUGAGACUGAGGAGGAAUGCCCAGAGACAAGAGGAGGCACUCUUACUGGUCAGACUUCUUAGGGAGUCUGUUCUUUUAAUCCCCCAAACAGGAGACUUUUUGAUCUACAAGAAUCUGUGUUUUUCAUUAUUGACUUCAUCGUCAUGUCAUCAUCACUGUCAUCAUCACCAAAAACAUCUAUUUGUCAAGUUCCCACUGUGUGUUAGAUAACCGAGGACUACACAGACAUGUAGUCCCCUGCCCCCCUUGCCUUUAAGGACAGCACAGAAUGAAAAUUGUGCCUGUGCACUGGCUGCCAUAGGGGACCUGUGGAGGGAAGGAGCACCUGGGACAGGACAUGGAAGAGUGUGCCUUCCCCAUUGAACCCACAGCUCUGUCUUCUUUUUACUGCUCCACUUCUGUGACAUGGUCUGUUUCCUCACCUCCCACUUCCCAGUACACUGCACCCUGAUUUCUGCUACAGUCACUCUCCCAUCAACAAGCACCACUGGGGGCCUCAUUUACCUCCAGGCUGCUCAUCUGAAGGCUGUUUGCCCCCCUACCCCUACCCCAUCCUUAGCAGUUGUUGACCAUGGUGGGUAUUGAUUCCUUCCAGAAACCUCCUGCUUCUGUAAAACCAUACUCUUAGUUUUCCUCUUAAUCUCUGGCAAGUCUUGCUCAUUCUUCUUUUUAAAUCUUCAGCCUUAAGUGCUGGCUUAUUAGAGCUUCUUCCCUCUUUUCUUUGUAUAUAUUCUCUCACAGACAAGGUCAUCUAUAUCCCCCACAGUUUAACAAUCAUCUAGACAAUCACUGUCAAUAAUUCCAAAAUUCUGUCUCCAUUAAAGACUCUCAGGUGAGCUCCAGAUCUCUAUCAUCGCCACCUUUUAUCAUCUCCAUUCAGGUGUUUCUGUCUCUGAGACUCUUCAGGAGGGACCUCUCCCUCCCAGGUCUGGCUGAACUCUUUCCAGCUUUCCUGUCUUCCCUGACACACCUCCUAUUUCCCCUUCCCAGCUUCCUUUUCCCUUCAUCAAGCCCAUCUGCUUGGAUACCUCUUGCCACUAGCCCAGGAGAUGAGACUUCAUUCAAUAUGGUUCUGAAGGAAGGCAGAUACAUUAUGCUGGUGAAUUUAGGAAGCCAGAAGGCUCUGUUGGAGGCAAUUUGGCAGGGUGACCUAAUUUGGAUAUUUUUCUAAGGAAAAACGAUAGUUAAAAAAAAAAAAAGAUAGUAAAAUGUAAAGUAAGCUUGCUUUUCUUCCUUGACUAAUGGUGGUCUUCCCUGGCGCCCUGACUGAGGGCUUGCCCAAGCUGUGUUUCUUCCCUAAACAAGAACAGAAUAAAAAUAGCUGGGGGCUAAUCUAAGAGAUACCAGCGUGGAGUCUCAACAGUUGUCAGGAAUGAAAGGCUGCAGGCUGGAGUGAGGGAGAGUUGGGGUGUUAACCCCCACCACUCCCACCCACCCCAGUCCCCAAGAGUAGAGCCUGAGGGCCUGAAGUAUUGGUCAACUUGCAUUUUCAAUGGGCUACAAUACACAGGGCCCCAGAUCUGCCCUUUGGUGGCAGAGAGGCCUGGGUUCUAGUUGCAGUCUUCCUGGCCAUAUAUCCCUGAGUGGGGAUCACCCCUCUUGUUUUCUCAUCUGGAACGCAGGGACAUUCAACAGCAUUGACCUCUUAGGUGUGCUGGGAGAUUAAAGAACAAAACUCACCCAAGAGCUCACAGGUCACCCUGAUGACCACUGCCUUCAUUCCCAGAAGAACAUGGAGUGACCUCAUUCUCCUUUCUCUUUGGGGCUUUAUUUUGGAGGAAAUGGUGGUUUAGUAAAGAUGUUGCUGGGAUUGGCACGGAAUCAGGCCCAAGGAUAGAGUAAAGUUUCUCAAAUGGCAGAAAGCUGAGUGGGGCAGAACAGGUGGUGGCAAAUUGGUCAUCUUUCCCAAACCAUCCAGGGGGAGAAGAAAAAAAGUCAAUGGGAAAAAUUAGCUCAAUAUAAAAUGUUUUUUGCUAUUAUUAAAUCUUUGCUUCCUGACCUCCC